UGGGCUUAUACUUCCAAUAUGAUAUAUGCCCCACCCAUCACUCUUUCAGUCUUUCUUCCUCUUUCUCCACUUCCUUUUACCCUGACUAAACCUUCUUCCUCUCUCUCCAUUUUCGCAAGCAGCAACAGCAGAAGCAGCUUGAAAAGGGUAUAAAGAUGGGGAAGAAGAAGUUUUUUGAUAAGAAAAAAUCAGCAACCUUUCAACUUCUUUCACGGGAUUCUUCUGAUCCUAUAUAUGUUGAGGAGCCGGAAAAUGACCGGGUUUUUGUUCGUGUCGAUAAUAAUCGGGUUAAAAUUAAUGGGUUAGAUGAGGACAAUGAUGAUGAGGAUUACUCGAACGACCCGGAGUCGAUUUAUGCUGAUGCCCCUGAGGAUGGGGGUUAUGAAGGGUUUAGGAGUUCAGGUACAUUACCUGAUCAUGUAAGGAGGGAGAUAUUGGAGCUUGGAUUCCCUGAUGAUGGUUAUAAUUAUCUAAAUCAUUUGAGGGAGAUUCGAAAUACUGGUGGCGGCUCAGCUUAUUAUGAAAAUCCAAAGGCUGAACUUCAUCAACUGCCUAAUGAUGUUAAGGCAUACGAUGCUUCAAGAGUGCGGAUAAAGGAAGCAAGUGAAAUUACAAGUCCUAAAACAUUGUAUAAUGUCGCAGAGAAAACUGUUACUGUGAAAGUACAAAAAGCUGUAGAUCCAGAAAUUGCUAAUUUACUUGAAGACAAUGAAUCCGAAUUUGGUUCUGAUAUUGAUGAAUUGGAGGAGGAUUUUGUUGUUCUUGCAAAUCAUUCAGAGGAAAUAGGAGAUGUGUAUGAAGAGGAGAGUUUGUCUUCUAUUAGUAAUCCUCACGCUGAAGUUCAAACUGGAGUAGCCUAUAACUCCAUAGCGGAGGUGGUUCGAAGUGUUAAUGAAGAUAAUAGACCUCAGCGUUUGCUUGACCAACAGUUUGAUAUUCUUGAACAACAAGAAUAUGGGUCAGAUAGUGAUGAUGAUUAUAAAAAUUAUGUAGCCGAAGAAGAAGAUAUAUCGCUUGCAGAAAAGCUCAAUAGUGUUGUCAAAGAUCGUGUGGAUGAUGAUUUAGAAUUUGAUGGAAAUUACACAGCUCCAGCUGAAAUACUUCGCCGUUGUGCUGAAUAUGCUGAGAAAUAUGAGAAUGAGGAUGGAAAUGAUAAAGAAGUGGUAAUUGUGGAAGAAAGUAGUGAUGAGUCAGAAAUUUGGGAUUGUGAGACCAUUGUCUCUACAUACUCGAACCUUGACAAUCACCCAGGGAGAAUUGGAGCUCCUGGAAGAAAUCGAAAGAAAAUAUUGGCUGAGACAUUUUCUGGGGCGCUGAAAAGUGGUUCUGACAAGAUUAUUACUCUUGGAGGAAAGGCAAAGCUUCCUGUGGAUUACUUGCCUCAUGGAAAGAAGGAACCUAAAGAGACAGCCAAAGUAGUUGCCAAACCAGAGGUGCCAAAAAGAAAACCACAUGGUCAGGAGACCAAGGAGGAGAAAAAAGAAAGAAAGGCUGCUGUAAAGGAGGAAAAGCGAGAGGCUAGACGUUUGAAGAAAGAUUUGAAGGAACUGUACCGUGAUGAAGCCAAACUUGCUCAGAAAGUUGCUGCUGUUACUGGCCCAUCAUCCAUACAUCUUAUGUAGGUAACACGACAUCCUUGUUCAAAAAUGCUUGAGGUAUGCAGUUCUCCCUUGUUCCCUUGCCUCAAAUGAACGUUUGGAAGAGUAUUGCAUACAUUUUGGUGAUACAUGUUGGAGUGGAGAAGCUAAAUUGUAUCUGAUUUGCUUCAGAGAUUUUGUUAAUCUACGUCAAAUACUUCAGACUUAUGAGAUAUUGUUGUAUGUGAAUAGUUUGUUUACACACUUAAAUGACCUGAUAUAUGUUCCAUUAUGGCUUACAAAAAGAAUGAAAUGUCUUGGUGUUGAAUUGUUAUACAAGUAGUUUAAGCCUUCAUCGAGCUUAUAAGCUUAA